UUUGCUUAAUUAUAUACUCCAAUUAAUUUUUUCUUCUUUUCGUUUACCUUUUCAGCUGAGCAAUCGAAAUUUUCUUCGAUUCGUUGAUCUGCUUUCGCAAUAAACGCGCGGUUCGGCGAUCUCGAAUCCCGUGCGGAUUGCUGCGUUCGAUGAGUUGCCUGUGGCUGGAUUUAUGGCGGAAUGAGCAGCGGAGGUCGGAUUUGUUCGGGAAGGAGGCUGCGAGAAACUGAGGAGAUGGUUUUGCUGGUCAGAUUGUGAGUGUAUGACGCUUUUGAGUGACAAUUUUGGCGUUCGAGGCGGAUUCGGUUCGUUGGAGUGGAUAUGGGGUGCUUUGCCUGCUUUGGAUCAUCGGAGAAGGAAGUGAACAGCAGCAAUGGAGUCGAAGAGGUAACGAAGGACGGUUACACGGCGGCUCAGUCUAACAUCCGAUUGAAUAGAGUGAUUUCAGAUAAAUCAAAAUCUCCAAACACUAAUGAUUCUAAGAAGGAAAUGGCAGCUCUGAGAGAGCCAAAAAUUGCCGCACAAACAUUCACAUUUCGUGAGCUAGCCGCUGCAACAAAAAACUUUAAGCAUGAGUGUAUGCUUGGUGAAGGUGGAUUUGGACGUGUUUACAAAGGUCAAUUGGAGAGCACAGGGCAGGUGGUUGCAGUUAAACAGCUUGAUCGGAAUGGUCUUCAAGGAAAUCGAGAGUUCUUGGUGGAGGUUCUCAUGCUAAGCCUCUUACAUCAUUCAAACUUGGUCAACUUGAUAGGUUACUGUGCUGAUGGUGAUCAACGACUUCUUGUAUAUGAGUAUAUGCCAUUGGGAUCUCUAGAAGAUCAUUUACACGAUCUUCCACCAGAAAAAGAACCAUUAGACUGGAACAUGAGGAUGAAGAUUGCUGCCGGCGCCGCAAAGGGGCUCGAAUAUCUUCACGACAAAGCGGAUCCACCUGUGAUAUACAGAGAUCUGAAAUCGUCCAAUAUUCUUCUCGACCACGGAUAUUUUCCCAAGUUAUCAGACUUUGGACUGGCAAAGAUUGGUCCUGUUGGCGAUAAAACACAUGUAUCGACAAGGGUGAUGGGAACAUACGGUUAUUGUGCUCCCGAGUAUGCGAUGACGGGGCAACUGACUCUGAAAUCGGAUGUGUACAGCUUUGGAGUGGUGUUCCUUGAAAUCAUCACGGGUCGAAAGGCGAUUGACAACACAAAGGGUCCCGGGGAGCAUAAUCUUGUAGCAUGGGCAAGGCCGCUGUUCAAGGAUCGGAGGAAGUUCCCGAAGAUGGCGGAUCCCGGGUUAGUAGGACAGUACCCGAUGCGGGGACUGUAUCAGGCGCUGGCGGUGGCGGCCAUGUGCCUGCAAGAGCAAGCUUCCACAAGGCCUCUAAUUGGGGAUGUCGUCACUGCUCUCACCUAUUUGGCCUCGCAAACUUACGAUCCAAAUGCCAACUUGGCAUAGAGAGAAGCCGAGGAGGAUACUACUACUACUACUACUAGUACUAAUACUACAUGCUCAUCUGAUCUGAUGAUGGAAUGGAAGAAUUGGGUGGUGGGUACCAGGGCUAGAUAGAUACCUACCCUACCUAACCUUGAAUUCAAAAGGAAGGAUAAAAAACAGAGUUGUUAUUAUGAGAUGGGCCAAAUGAAUGAAUGGAGAAAGUAUUAUAUGUCUGUCACUAGUAAGUCAAUCAAUGGAAUCCUUUUUGGCUUAAAUGAAAAUGGUGUUUUUGGGGAGGAAGGGGCAAAGGGAGGAUGGGCUGGGUUCUAAAGCACAGAUUCAUUGUCACAUGUAUGGUUGUUAUGGAUUUAAAGUUGACAAAAUGAAUGGUAGCAACAGCCAUUUAGUAAGCCAGUAGUACAUAUGAUAUGAUGAGAUGAGAUGAGAUGAAAAGCUUACCAUUUUAAUAGUACAUUGCUACUUGGAAUGAGCUUGCUCCCACACUAGUCUCUUACAACUUUACCAUAAUAAUAAUAAUAAUACUGAUUGAUAUACUAUUUGAUCGACAGCAUCAUAUCAUAUCAUAUCAAGUAUGAGCCCAGCCUCCUUCCUACUUAAUUCCAUCCAUGGAUAUCUAUCUAUCUAUCUAUCUA